GUCUCAGAGUGUCACACAGGCCAUUACAGCCGGGGUCUGACACCCCCAUUAUUGAUACCAUGAGCUACGUCGAUCGUCUCAUCCUCUCGUCCUCAUUGGCUGAGCCCAUCCAGAGGAAGGCCCACCUCAAGAUCGUAGUGUAAAAUUUCCUUGCACGAUAUUUCAAUCUACUACGCAAUUGAAGCAUAAGGACAAAGAAGGUGCUUUAAAAGAGGGGCCAAGAUGGAUGUUUUCAUGAAGGGGCUUUCUAAAGCUAAAGAAGGUAUGGCAGUGGCCGCAGAGAAGACCAAGGAAGGUGUUGCGGUGGCUGCAGAAAAGACCAAGGAAGGCGUGAUGUUUGUGGGCAACAAGACCAAAGACAGCGUUGCAACAGUUGCUGAGAAGACAAAGGAGCAGGCCUCUCAUCUGGGAGGAGCUGUGAUGUCUGGAGCCGGAAACAUCGCUGCUGCCACCGGCCUGGUGAAGAAGGACGAGUUCCCCAGUGACAUGAAUCCUGAGUUUGGUCAGGAAGCCACUGAGGAGCCAAUGGGAGAAGGUCUCAUGGACCCUGAGGGACAGACAUACGAUGAUACUCAGCAGGACAACCAAGAUUAUGAGCCAGAGGCGUAAACGUCACAUUCCAAGUCCAAGUCCAGCCAGCAGCACAAAACGUUUAUAUCAAUAACAAGUACAAAUCCUUAACACAAUAAACCCUGGUGCAAAAAAACAAAAACAAAAAAAGAGCAAAAAAAAAAAAAACUAAAAUAUAAAUAUCUAUUCCAGUUAAUCCUGCCGAGAAAUGUUCUUCCUAUCAGAUAUCUACUUUUAUUAUGAUCUAUUGUAAAUGUCAUGUUCUGACGGUAACGUGUUGGAUGUAGCUCUAUGCUGCCUGCCGGAGGGUGCUCUGUCUCGUUUCCUUGCCUCCCUCCCAAUGAAACGAGACCUGCCUUUCCAUUGUGACUCUUUGUACUUGUGUACCUGCAUUUCUAUAUAUGUAAUAGAUGUUUCAGAUCUUCCAAUAACAUAUUGGGGGAUAAAAUAUCUUCGGGUAAAUAUGAUAUUAUAUAUAACUGUGUGCGAUGCCUGUUUGUGGGAUUUUACUUUCAUUUUUAAUUUAAUAUUGAAGCAAGCUAUUUAUUUAAUGUUUGCAAAGUAAAGGUUUUAUACGUUGUAACUUUAUAGUUGCUUGUGAUAUCAUUCCAGUGGUUUAUUUGUUAGGAUUGGGCAAUUUGUAUCUGUGUGUAUGUAUGCGUUUGUGUACUGGAGAUUUUAAAGUUAGUGUAAAUGUGUCCUUAAAAUGUUUAUGGAUGUCAGGUCAAUAUGUGCUUUACAAUGCUGGAAAUGUCCAUAUUAAGGUUUCUGUGUCAUUCAAGACAAGUGAAUCCUCUGUAAAUAAAGAAAACAAACAGAAAAUCUC